UACUUUAUAUGAAAAAACAAUAACCAAAAUGAUUCAUAAUUUGCAACGUAUUCCUUCAAGUACAGAAAUGACAAGAGUAUAUUUGGAAAAUAUUGUGUUGUGCAUUAUAUUCCUUGGAAUGAUUUGCCAUUGCCAAUUAUCAAUUUAGGCCCUGUAAUAUGUGUAUUUCCUUUUUUUUACCCUUGUAUCUCUUUUAUAUAAAUAUUCAUAAUAAAGAGACUGGAAGACAUGCUGGGUUUUUUUCAACCUUCUUCUCCAAUUUCUUCCCUGUUCUAGUUUGUGUUGUUUGUUGUCUUUCUACACAGUCUUUCAUGGUAUCAGACUAUCAGAGCUUACCAUGGACUCUGAAUCUUCCAUGACUACCCAUUCUGGUUCAUCCUCCAUGAUCAAAUCACAUUCUCUCCCAAUCUUCUAUAACCAUAACGACAUCAUGGCACAUACUCAUCUUACCAAAGAUAAUUAUGUAAACUGGAGUACACUUUUCAAAACUCUUCUUCGUGCUCACUAGCUAUUGUUUGUCAUUGAUCCUACCCCACCUCUUAAAAUCCUUGCUGAUGGCAAAAAUAACCCAGAUCAUGAAACAUGGCAUAAGGCUACAUAUUUGAUAUGUUGUUGGAUAAAAGGAACUGUUACCCCAACAAUUCAACCGUACUUGAACUCAUGUGAUACAACCCCAGCAGCGUGGAGUGUCUUGGCUAAACGAUUUGGCUCCACAUCAACAAUCCAAAUUGAAAACCUACAAGAUCGUCUUCACAAUCUCAAGAAACCAACAGACCUCUCUGUAUUAGACUAUCUUCUCCAAGCCAAAACCAUAUCUGACUCACUGACCGCUGCAGGAAAACCAAUUGAAGACUCAGAACUCAUUCAACGUAUCCUUAGUGGUCUUGGUGCCGAAUUCAAAGAAUUUCUCACAUCUACUGCUUCAUCUCAUGUAAGACAACCCCUUAAUCUUGAGGAAUUGACGGAAUUACUUCUUAAAGAAGAGAUGUUACAACAAAAGUUUGCAAUCCCAAUUGAGCAAUCCACAGCCCUAGCUGCUACCAAAACCUCUCCCGAUCAACCUAACCCAUCUCCACGUUCCAACAACAACAAUGGAAAUCGGGGUGGCCGAGGUCGUGGUAAUAACAACACAGGUAGAGGUGGAAAUCAAGGCAGAGGUAAUUGGGGGAGUCAACAAUGGAACUACAAUUACAAUCGGAAUAACAGAGGUGGUCAUGGCAGUAGUCAUACAAGAGGACCAUUUAGAGGAGGAAACUCCAAUGGUAGGGGAAUUCUACCUACACCCACUCAUAUGGGUCAGUUUUUUGACCCGAAUACUACAUGCCAACUGUGUUACCAAUAUGGACAUAAUGCCAGAGUAUGCACACAGCGAAACAAUGCAACUUACUUCUCCCAAUCUGAACUGUAUGUCUUGGACUCGGGUGCAACAAACCACAUGACAUCAAACCCCUCCAACCUAACUGAGUAUUCGUCAUAUACAGGCGCGGGAGACUCUUCUUUCUGGCAAUAGCAGUGGAGGUUUUUAUCAAUUUUCAUUUAAUCCAAACACAUCUCAUAGCCCAAUUUCUCUCUUAGGCGAACGGUCAACUCCUGAUACUUGGCAUGAUCUCUUAGGACAUCCUUAUCCUAAUAUUCUUAGACUUCUUUGCAACAAGUUUAAGUUACCAAUAAAUGGCAAAUUUUCAUAAAAGACAGUGUUGUCAUGUUUGUCCUAUGGGAAAAUCAUCCAAAUUAGCAUUUGUUCCUAGAAAUUUUAAUGCUUUACAUCCUCUUGACAUGCUUCACCUUGAUGUUUGGGGCCCUGCCCCGAUUUAUUCUAUGAAUGGUCAUCGUUUUUAUUUAUCUAUAGUUGAUGAUUUCUCUCGUUA